AGAGCGUCGGCCGCCUGGGCCUCUUCCUCUUCGGCGGUCCUCCUUCCAACAUGGCGCAGUCGAUUAACCUCACGGAGCUGAAUCUGCCGCAACUGGAAAUGCUCAAGAACCAGCUGGACCAGGAAGUGGAGUUUUUGUCCACGUCCCUUGCUCAGCUCAAGGUGGUGCAGACCAAAUACGUGGAAGCCAAGGACUGUCUGAACGUGCUGACCAAGAGCAACGAGGGAAAAGAAUUACUGGUCCCACUGACGAGUUCUAUGUAUGUCCCGGGGAAGCUACAUGAUGUGGAGCAUGUGCUCAUCGAUGUGGGGACUGGCUACUACGUGGAGAAGACGACUGAGGAUGCCAAAGACUUCUUCAAAAGGAAGAUAGACUUCCUUACGAAGCAGAUGGAGAAAAUCCAGCCAGCUCUUCAGGAAAAACACGCCAUGAAGCAAGCUGUCUUGGACUUGAUGAGCCAGAAGAUUCAGCAGAUCACAGCCCGGGGCGCAGCUCAGGCCACUGCCAAGGCGUGAGCCAGUGCUGCGGAAACGAAGC